AUGCAGAAGUCAGAAAUAACUGCUAAAAGAACUCGCACUGCUAUCAGUGUUAAAUUAAAAAAAGAAAUUUGCGAAUAUAUGAUGGCUCAUCAAAAUGUUAAACAUGCUGAUGUUGCCUCUUUCUUUAAUAAUAAAUACAAAGAACUAAAUAUUGAUAUUGAUAGAACAAGUAUUUCCAAAAUAUUUAAAGAUAAAGAUAAAUGGUUGAAUUUAGUUUCUGAUACGAUUGACAAAUUUUGUCAGCAUUCAACAAGAUUUCCUGAAUUUGAUAAAGCAAUGCAAAUAUGGACUGCACAAAUGGUUUCUGCUGGAAUGCCUUUAAGUGAUUUAAUUUUACAAAGAAAGGGGGAGGAAUUUGCAAGAGGAUUAAAUAUUGAAAACCAAAUAAAGUGUGCAAAUGGUUGGAUAUAUAAAUUCAAAAAAAGAAAUGGUUUACAUAAAAUUAAAUAUUCUGGCGAGGCUAAUAGUGCUCCACUCCAAACUCUUCCUGAAGAAUGUUCAAAAUUGAAAUUUAUUUUAAGUCAAUAUAAUGAAGAAGAUAUCUAUAAUGCUGACAAGACAGGAAUUUUCUUUAGGAUGCAACCCAACCAAACAUUAAGUACUGGCCCAAUUUCAGGAUACAAAAAAGUUGUUCUUCUAAUUGAUAAUUCUGGAUUGCAUUUUAAUCCAAAACAACUUGAACAACCUAAUGAAAACUCUACCAUUGUCAAUGAUCACAAUGAAGAAAUUAUAAUUAUCAAUGAAGAAUCAAGUUCAUGUUCUGAUGAUGAAGGACCAAUUGCAGAAUCAUCUCAGUCAUCUCAAAGAAGAAAAAUCAAUAUUGAUCAAACACAAAAAAAAAAGGGAAGAAAAACACCAAAUAUUAAUCUUACAAAUAUUAGACUUAUUUAUAUUCCUCCUAACACCACUGCACACUUACAGCCAAUGGAUGCUGGUAUCAUCCAUAGUUUUAAAGCUAAAUACAAACAUGAAUAUUGUAAAUAUUUAAUUCGCCAUUUUGAUAAUGGAACAUAUAACCAAAGAGAUAAGCUGAAUGUAAAAGAAGCUAUUUAUUUUAUUGCCGAGGCUUGGAAUAAUGUCACUGAAACAACCAUUCAAAAUUGUUGGAUUAAGACAGGAAUUAUCCCAAACAGUAAUGAUAUCAUUUUCAAUCAAAAUGUACCAACUGAAGAAUACCUUAAUGAUGAAGAAAUUAUAAGUCUUGUCCAAUUUGAAGAAAUGGGUGAAAAUGGUAAUGAUUCAUCAUCAGAUGAAGAAUUACCUUUGAUACCAGUAAAAAAUGCAAUUAAUGGUUUAGAAACAUUUAUUAAUUUUUUUGAGCAACAGAAAAACAACGAAAAAUUUAAAAUUGAUGAUUUGCGCAUUUUUAGAAAAUAUUUAG